AUGCAGUUCUCCUUGUGGCGCCUGGGCCUGGGGCUGCUGGCAACGAUCGCAGCGUUCCUACUGUCUCGACCCGUGAUCGAAGGCCUGCUCCACAUUGUCCGCACUCGUCUCGACAAGCGCGUACGCUGGAUUGCAGAUGUGCAGCACUAUAUGCUCACGUACCUCUGGUGGUUCCUGUUCCUAUUCCUGGUGCGACAUGUCGUUGCUCAGUACAUUCUGGGUUUGGGCAGCAAGAAAGACGAGGUGAUGCAGUACUUGGGUUACCUUGUAGCCAUCCCACUGGUACUCGGUACCUUUUCGAUGCGCAAAGUUAUCACAAAUGCUUUUGUUCGCUAUCUCAAGUGGGAUCGUUACUCGUCGGACUAUGACGCGCGUGUCUUUGUUAUCACGGAGUUCAUCAAGUUUAUGUGCAUCGUGUUUAUUCUCAUUGAGAUCUUUUACAUUUUCUUCAUCUCGAAUCCAUUCAUGCGGUUCUUCCUCGUCGUCGGAUUCUUGAGCGUCGAACUUGUGGUUGUGCUCGCAGGUUUCACAGUGCUGAAAAAUGUAGCGAUGGGUCUCUUUCUUAUCUUUGCAGAACCUUUUCGCACUGGUAGUGAAGUAAAAGUGCGGAAUCUGCUGGGGUUCAUCGAACGCGUGUCGCUUGCUAGGACAACCAUGCGACGAACCGACGGGUCGAUGAUAUUUGUCCCGAAUGGCAUCUUUGCCGAUAAUUAUCAGACGAGCGGCAAUGCCUUGGAUGCCCACAGACAUUCGGUCACGCUGCACCUUCAUCCCACUACGUCUGUCCAACAGAUCAAAGAGCUGGUGCAUGAGCUGCAGAUUGUUUUGCCAGAGUACGCUUUGACGAUGCAAGCGCUUUCUGCACUACGCAGGGAUCGCCGCGAGGUCUAUGCUAUCCGAUCGAAUAGUGUCGCGUGUAACAGCAUAAGUGGAGGAAGUGAUGACAGCGUCCCAAGAGAUCAGCAUCCGUCCACUGCAAGUAGCGAAUCCAGCACUGCUACACCCCCUACUCGUGGGAGAACGCGCACCACCUCGAGCGCAUUUGAUGCGACUGGUCGGCCAAUUUUACCGCUUUCUUCGCCUGUCCGCGUUGAGCUUCACGCCAUGUUCACGGUGAAAGUGACUGUACUCGUCGACCGUGAACGUUUCGGCUCGCUCGAGAAGGCAAGGACAGAGGUGAAUCUUGCAAUCAUUCACACGAUCCAGCGGUUCGACGUCAUCACGGAACAAAAGGGCGCCGCUUGCAGAAGAGCGGUGACCUAG